UACUUAUUUAUUAACUACCCUAUGUAUACAGCUGAAAACGACUUUCGGCGAGUAAAACCUAACAGGAGCUCCACCCAUUAAGUCAUGCCAGCAUUGUGGACUAAUCUGCUACUGCUGCUUUAUGGUGUCCAGGGAACACUGGGGCAGGACGUGGCCCAAAACCGCAGUGAAUCCCCGAUAGAACCCCGAAUCGUGGGCGGCACCGAGGCGAAGGAGGGUCAGUUUCCCCACCAGAUCUCCCUGCGUCUGCGAGGAGAACACUACUGCGGAGGAGUCAUCAUCUCAGCCACCCACGUCAUCACCGCUGGCCACUGCGUGAAGCACGGCGAUGUCGUAGUUCCGGCGGACUUAUGGGCGGUUCAGGCGGGCAGCCUGCUCCUCUCCAGCGGCGGCGUGCGCAUUCCGGUGGCCGAAGUCACCAUGCAUCCCAACUAUGCCACAGGCGGCCACAACGACCUGGCCGUGCUGCGACUGCAGAGUCCGCUGACCUUUGACACCAGCAUAGCGGCCAUUCCGCUGGCCACCGAGGAUCCGCCCAACUGCGCCUCCGUGCUCAUCUCCGGCUGGGGCAACAUCGCCGAGCAGGGACCCCUCUCCGACAGCCUGCUCUUCGUGCAGCUGACCAGCAUAUCCAGGCGGACCUGUCGCUGGCUCUUCUACUCUCACCUGCCGGACUCCAUGAUUUGCCUGCUGCAUCCCAAGAACAGGGGUGCCUGUUAUGGCGACUCCGGCGGACCGGCCACUUACGGGGGCAAGGUGGUGGGCCUGGCCAGCUUGCUCCUCGGCGGUGGCUGUGGCAGGGCUGCUCCCGAUGGCUACCUGAGGAUCUCCAAGGUUAGGGCCUGGAUCGCGGCGACGGCGGGUUUGUAGAGCGGCACAAAUACCCACAAUCAUGAGCAUUUUCAAAAUA